AGGCCGCUGCGAUUUGAUCGCCGCUCAGUUGAUCAGAGUCACUCGAACGCGCCGCUGCUCAACGAUUCGAAAUUGGCGCGAAACAGUAUAAAAAGUUCGACUUACAAAUCGGGUAUAUAGUAUAGACGCUCAAAUAUUUACGAGCUGCAACGGUUUUCGUCGGCGAUUUAAAGUGCAUGCUCAUGAUGUGAUGUUUGCUGAGAGCUGUGCCUAGUCAGCCGAUUUGCCAUACAAAAAAAAAAGUGAAAAAAGUGAAAAAUUCUCUGCAAUAAUGUACCACCCAAUCUGCUAAAUAGAAAGGCCAACACAUAACGCUCAGAGAUCCAGAGAAAAUAUCAAUCUGGUUACGUGACUGUCCCGAUAGUUCGACAUGCAUUUCAGCAAUGAAACGGAAAUGAGCCAAUGUCCCAAUGCGAAACGUAGAGUAACCGAUCCGUCGACUGGACCAAAAAACUGCAGUACUUCGUCCACAGACUCGGGCGUUAUACUGAGCGAUAAUGUGGCGGCAUUUCGACCGGAGAAAGAGACCAAAGAUCGGGGGACGGACCAAGGGCAGUUCCAGUCGAAAUCGGAAGAGAAAACGGAAUCCAAGCGUAUCAGCGUUGAGCACACUGUCAAUAUAACAACGGAAAAUGCUGGAAAGACAUCUUCGCCGGCGGUUUCCAUACGGAGCACCACCAUUUCCGUUGUGUCCAUCGAUGAUAAUGCCAUCGAUUCGAGUAGUAUUGAUAGUGAUUCGGAGGCCGAGGCGGAGGAUUAUAAGGUCCAGAAGCUGGGUCACCAGGUCACCUACCCGCCCAACAGUUCACACCUGCGCGAUCUUAACCAGGGUCUAACGGUGAUCAGUCGUCAUGUGGCGCCAGGUGAGGCGGCAGUACCACCACCCAAUCCCCUGGAAGCUGGCAUUGUGGCCAAGCAAAUACUAAACGGUAGUCUGGCCGUGGCCACGCCCACAUCUCCGGCGGGAGGUGCCACCCAGGGCAUUGGCAGCAUCGCCCUGACCAACUCCACGGAUGUGACGUUCGGUGAUAAGCACUUCUACGAGGGACCAGUGACGAUACAACAGUUUCUCAUCGACAAUCGGGACAAGUGGAAACCGGGCGAGGGACCAGCUAGUGGACAGGAUAACCCCGCAUUCAAUGGUGGACCCAGCACGAAUGGCAGUGCGCCGGGCUCCAAACAUGAAGAUCCUGCGCAAACCCCACCAAUUUGUCCUUUUCUGCCCAAUACUGUUGGACGCAAGGCCGUCACUGUUACAGUGGUUUUUGUAACUUUAACCUUCCUGCUGGGGAUCGUACUGGCCACCACCACAAAUCUCUUCGGAAAGACGUUGAACCAAAGUAAGAUCAGAGAUGACGACGAUUACAGACCAAAUAUUCCAAUCAAUUCAACAAUAGAUCUGGACAACAUUGGUGGUGGACUAAUACUGAGGUUCGUGGAGCGUCAGCAAUGGCUCGCACAGCCGCCACAGAAGGAGAUUCCCGAUCUGGAGCUGCCCGUGCGACUGGUCAUAGCACUGCCCACCAACUCAGAAAACUGCAACACACAGGCGAUCUGUGUGCUCCGAGUUCGUCUGCUGCAGUCCUACGAUAUAGAAUCGUCGCAAAAGUGUGAUAUCUCGUACAACUUUCUGAUUGGCGGAGAUGGAAAUGUAUAUGUGGGACGGGGCUGGGAUAAAAUGGGAGCCCACAUGAACAAUAUACCCUAUGACUCGAUGAGUCUUAGCUUCGCCUAUAUCGGAUCUUUUAAGACCAUCCAACCGUCGGCCAAGCAACUCAGUGUGACUCGUCUUUUGCUGGAACGUGGCGUCAAGCUGGGCAAGAUUGCACCCAACUACCGAUUUACGGCGAGCAGCAAAUUGAUGCCAAGUGUAACCGAUUUUAAGGCGGAUGCGCUUUACAAAAGCUUCGCCAACUGGACUCAUUGGUCGUGAAUAGGUUAAGAUAAUAUAUUUUGUAAUACUAUCAUUCAUUUUCGUAUUGAUAUUGUAUCAUAGGUGUUCUCCCUUUAAUGUGUGGCAUAUUCGAUUUAGCUAGAAUAACGAUUCGUUAAAAGAAAUGUGAUAUUAAAUAAAGCAUAAUGAUUUA